AUGGCGCUGCUGGGCGGGCAUCAGUGCCUGGGGCUGGGCGCGGCCGCUGGCCCUGAGCCGCUGCUGUCCCGUUGCCAGGAGCAAAUGCCUGGGGAUGCCCAGCCCGGGCCGCUCGAGGGGCGCUCGGGGGCCAUUCCUGGCCCCGGGCCGAGCGCUGACAGCCGCGUCUCGCCGGCAGGGAAGGCGCAGCAGGCCCUCCAGGAGCAGUACCGCCUGGGUUCGCUGCUGGGCCACGGCGGCUUCGGCAGCGUCUGGGCGGCCACACGGCUCUCAGACCGUGCCGCGGUGGCCAUCAAAAGGGUGCCACGGAACCGUGUCCGGCAUUGGGGUGAGCUGCCCAACGGCACCAGCGCACCACUGGAGAUCGUGCUGCUGCACAAGGUCUCCACUGGCUUCCCUGGUGUCGUCCAGCUGCUGGAGUGGCUGGAGCUCCCCAAAGACAUCAUUAUCAUCAUGGAGCGCCCGGAGCGUUCUCAGGACCUCCAGCACUUCAUUCGGGCACGGCGGUUCCUGUGCGAGGAGGUGGCGCGGGAGCUGUUCCGCCAGGUGCUGGAGGCCGUGCGGCACUGCACCAGCUGCGGGGUCCUGCACCGCGACCUCAAGCCAGAGAACAUCCUGCUUGACCUGGCCACCGGGCAGGCCAAAUUGAUCGAUUUUGGCUGUGGCACCUACCUACAAGACACAGCCUAUACUCACUUUGCAGGAACACCGUCAUACAGUCCCCCGGAAUGGAACCAGUUUGGCUGGUACUAUGGACAGCCAGCUACCGUCUGGUCCCUGGGCAUCCUGCUGCACCAGAUGAGUGCCAAGAUGUCAUCCGGCGGUGUUUAUCCAUGCUGCAUGUGGACCGGCCUUCAGUAG